AAGUAAUAAACAAGAAAAUAUAAUUUGAGUAAAAAGGCAAAAAUGAAAAUGAAAUAAAAAGUAAAAGUAAAAGUGUUUUUCUAUUCGGCUUUGAUUAAUUGGUGAAAAAUAGGAAAACGAAAUAGACUUGAAAGAAUCAUCUCGAAAGAAGGAAAAUAAAAAGCCCGCGUUUUUGCAAAAGCUUUAUUACUGCAAAUAAAAUAUUGUGGAGUUCGAUUUAUUUCUGCGUGUUGUGUGCGUGUGUGUGCGUGUAAAAAAUUAGAAAAAAAUAUAUAAAAGUGGAUAUAAUUCUUGAAAAGAGAGCAAAAAAAAAAUUUUAUUAAGGUGCCUGACAUUUUUGAAGCGAAUCUACCACGAGCAAAUCAUUAAAAACACCGCACAAUGCAAGAAUGGCAUUAUAACAAAUACGCAAUGAAGUAAGCUUGCAGCAAAGAUUUUAAUAAAGACACUGGAAUCUCCGGUAAAAACAUUUCUCUGCCGCAAUAAAGUUAAGGUAUUAAGUAGGAAUAUGCUGUAAAUGUAGAACACAAAAAACUGCAAAUGAAUGCUAACAUUAAACUCUACGUUUAUCUGAAAUUGUAAGAACACCUGUUAAAUCAAAAUGUAGGCACAGCAGUUCACAUCAGGCCUUCACAUCAUGUAUAUUGCUAAAAUGAUAAUUGUUAUUAGUUUGGUUUUAAGAAAUUGAAUAGUCCAGAAUAUUAUGCAAGCUUUAUUAUUAUUUUUUUUUUAACUUUAUACCAGAAGUGCAAAGCAUAAUGGUAAAAUAAGCUGUCUCAGGCAUUUUUUAUAAACACACCUCGUAGACACGCGAAGUGAUUACCAAGUACGUGCAUACACAUAUAUAUAUACAUAUUUAUGAUAAUAGAGAAGAGGGGAAAUUUUAUAAAGUGUGUUGUAUGCUAAUAUUAAAAGCAAGAGAUUAAAAAUAUGUUCGCCAGUGAUUUAAAAAUCUUAACACUUUCUGCAACUACAAUUCCUACAACGGUUUUAAAUAAUAAAUCGCCCAUAAUGGUCACAGCACAAGAGACUCUCGAAUACAGCAGUUGCUUUCAAGGCGAUUCAUUUAAGGGCAGGCGACAGCAAUCGUAUGAGCAUCAACAUCAGGGAAAGCAGCAGCAAAGCAUAAAAACGAAAUUCUCACAUAAUUCUAAUAAGUUUCAGACACAACAUCAACAAAAAUAUCACAAUUAUAAUAGUAAUGGCAGUACAAACAAUCACAAUAACAAAUCUAAGAAGAAACAUUACAAUAAUAACAUCAACUCAACAUCAAUGAAUCAUAAAAAGUAUUAUCACCAACAGCAACAGACAGCUCAGCAACUACAAUACGAGCAACAGCAACAUCAGUAUCAUUCAGCUACCAAAACGAGCAUCAAUAAUAAAAACAACAACAAUAAUAAUAAUAAUUGUUUAAUCAAAAAUAAAAAUUACACUGCCGUAGAUUUACUAAUACAUACAAAUAAUAAUAGAAAAGGAUCUCAGCAAGAAUUGCCCUCUCCAACCGUAGCUUCAUGUUCUCAAUCUAAUUCAACAGAUCAACAGCAAACUAUUAUUUAUGAGCAAACGGAAGCGAACCAAGUGCCAUUAAAAACUUCUCAAACGGCAAACUCUUUAAGUGCCGUUUUAAUAACGACGACCACCACCGCUAGCAGCAAUACGCACACAAGAGCUUCUUGUAUUAGCUGUUGGACGAAUUUAACGAAAUUAUCGCCUCCCUUAGCAAAUUUGAAAAGCAAUAAACCUGCGUUAUACCAGCAGCAGCAAAAAUCUUCGAAGUUCCACACUCGAAGCAUUGCAUUUACUUCCACAAACAGCGGCAGCAAUUUGCAAGAUUUUGUUGCAGUUGCUUUGGCUGCCACAGCUGCCAGUAAAUGUAGUUUCAAUGCUAGUCAAAGUUCUUCCGCUAAAACAUCGCAACAGCACGUGCCGAACGGUUCGGCAGGCCCUUCUAAAAGAAAGUCAUUCUGGAAAAAUAAUUCAAAUAGUACAGUAGUAGGGGGUGGAGGAGGAGGCGGAGGAGGAGCAGGAAGUGGAGGUGCCACAGCCAACAGCACACAGUCGCCUAAACAGAAAAAAACGAUCAGUGGCGCGCAAGAUAAGGCCUCAGUUCAAGAAAACACAUUACAGACGCAAUACGCCGGUAACAAAUCCAACUCUCAGAAAGGGAGAGGGGGGGCGUCGACAAGUCAGCACCAAUUAGCAGUUGUAGAGAAAUCAGCGAUGACCACCGCCUUAGCAGGUGGAACAACAGUCUCAGCAGUUUCAACGCCUACAACUACAACAGCAACAUCCACUAUAACCGAAAGUCACACAUCAACCUUAGCGAUAACUUCAGCACCUGCAGGAGCAGUAGCAUCAACUUCACCAAAUUCGUGUUUAAAUUCCUCUCUGGCAACAUCGUCAGAAUUUGUAGUAGAUUCCCAAUUCACACAAGAGCAACUAAAGCAUGGUAGUAGGCAAUCACCAGAAACCAACGUGUUAGGUGGUAGUAGUAUUAACGGUAAUAACAGUUUAAAUUUGAAAAAUACCGAAGCAAUAUCCGUAGACAAUUUUAUACCAGUCACAACAACAAUUUCACGAAGCAGUAGCACCAGCUCUUCGCCAGGCAGUGGGCCAUCAUCACCUAAUUCCUACACUUUGGACUUUUUGCAUUCAGUUGGUGUCCAGAUGACCGGUGGCGCAAAUUUGGCGGCAUUUAAGGCAAAUAACAACAUGAAUAACAUGAGAUCAUCUUCCUUGACAGGCUCUACUGCCACAUUGUACAGUAACCACACAGUAGGGGCUUCUCCCGCAAGUAACAGUUAUACAUUCGCAGCUAUGGCAGGAGGUCAACGUCAGCAGCAUUACAUGUUUGGUGGCGGCGGUACUGGAGGUGGUAGUGGGGCAACUGCAGGUAAUGACAGAUAA